AAAAACAAAAUAAGCUAAAAAGACCCGAUAUCUUGCCUCUGUCCUCGGGUUCAUGGGCUGCGAAUGGAAGAGAAAUUUACGAAGAAGAAGUACGGAAGAGAACAAGAUGAACGAGAACAUCAACUGUCCUCUCAUUCUGCCACGAAGAGAAAGCGUAGAAAGGCGCGAGUUGUUUCUCGGUUUUUUCAUAAACAACCCUCGAAUUCGGCGUCUAAGAUCAAUAAAAAGAAGAAAACAAAGAGUGGGAUUGUUGGGGAAGACGUGAAUUUUUUUUCUGGAGAUGGGAUUUGUUCCGUCUUUGAUAACUCAAAGCAGAAGAAGAGGAUUAAUGAUAAUAUUCUUUGCGGUGAUUGGUGUGGAAAGAGGAGGAGAACAGAGCGACCCAGACGGCGGAAAACGGCGGAGGUGACGGUCGUGAAGACUGAGAGUAAUUUAAGUGAUGCUGCAAGUCUUGAUGACGUGCUUUCACAGUUCAUUUACCAGGGGAUUUGUAUUAACGGUGAAACUAAAACCAUGGAGAAGAAUGAGAACGAGAAUGAGGAUGAGGAUGAGGAUGAGGAUGAGAACAAAGCUUUUUUAGAAGAUUCUUUGCCUCCAAUUUAUGGAAGCUUGGGAGAAGAAGAAGUUGAAAAGAGUUGUUUGAAAAUAACAAGAGAGAGUAGUCUACAACAGGUAGAAGUUAGAAAGGUUUCACCUUACUUUAUGAAUGGCUGUAAAGCUUCAAAAGUGAAGGCGAAACGCAGAAAGGUUUCGCCUUACUUUAAAAAGGCAGUAACACCUGAUAAUGGUUGUUGUGAUUAUCAGAAGUUUGAUGAGGCUUAUGAAAGAAAAAGUUUGGAUAAUACUUGGAAGCCUCCCCGUUCAGAACAUGGUCUUUUACAAGAGGAUCAUUAUCAUGACCCUUGGAGGGUCUUGGUUAUUUGUAUGCUUCUCAACCGCACGUCUGGUACGCAGGCUAGAAGAGUCAUAUCAGAACUUUUCACUUUGUGUCCUGAUGCAAAAACUGCAACCGAGGUUGACCCUGAGGAUAUCGAAAAGAUCAUUCAAACUCUAGGUCUUCAAAAGAAGAGGGCAAUGAUGAUACAACGUUUCUCUCAGGAGUAUUUGUGGGAGGAGUGGACACAUGUAACUCAGCUUCACGGUGUUGGAAAGUAUGCAGCCGAUGCAUACGCAAUUUUCUGUACAGGGAAGUGGGAUCGGGUGAGACCUACUGAUCACAUGUUAAAUUAUUACUGGGAUUUUCUUCAUAGUAUCAAAAGUUCAUUGUAGUAUUUGUUUCUAUCUGAGUAACGGGUUCACUAAACUGUUGAUGAGAAACAUGUAUAUAAUAUUAUAUUUAUCAGAAGAAAAAAAGAAAAGAAUUUUGGGUUAGCACAUCUCUCCUAGAAUUCACAGGUGGUUUGGUUAACUAGUGUAAACUGCCAUUUAAGUAUAUAUACAAUGAAACUACAGGGAAUUCCUAUCUUUUAAGCAUUACAAGAUGGCUUCAGUUGGUCUCAAGAUGAAAGCUCCCUUUUUAAUGCAAAAUUCAAAGACCAAGUAAAUAUAGUCCAUAAGAAAUGAAAUUUAGCAUGUUCUAAGCAUCUGUAAGAUGCCUAGUAAAGAGAGUGAAAAUUAGCAUUACUUCAUCAAACUUUCUCACAGUACACUCAAACAAGUGGCUACUGUUAAUCUAUAACUACAUACAACCUCAUUUGCUGUAAAUAAGAGAAUAUGACACAAGUGAUGCCAACAAAAGAAAGGGCCAUUCAGGCCACCAUUUGAGGUGGUCUUGCAGACUUGCACGGGUUGAUCAAGCCGCGAAUAUCUUCUGAAUAGUUUCGAUUGUUCUUGAUUCUCCCAAGGUAUAGCAAGGAUCCCAUUACAAACUGCAGUAUGUAACUCCAACAUCUCUGUAACUCGCUUUAUGUAACUCUUCUUUCUGUUCACGUAUGACGUAACCCCUCACUCUGUACAUGUAAUCUGUCGUUCACUC